AUGUCUCAACCCCCUAAUUAUGAGACAUUAAAUGCACCCGACGGGUCAGCAUUGACGUGGAUCUUUGACCAUUGCUUGCGUUACGCCGACAACUACGAAAUUUCCCUUCGUGCUGCAUACGAGCUCAAUUGCCACUCGUCGAAGAGCACCAUGGGGAAUUCAACUGUUCCUCGGUCACCCUCCAUCUUCCGCAAUUCCAUCUGGUCCAAAAACUCGAGAAACUCCGAUUCUUCUCUGGAUGCUCCUUCUUACGACACGAAUGCUGAAUUUCGUGCCUGUUUGACCAAGACUGUCUCAGAAUUGUCUUCUCAACCUGUUUCACUCCCUCCGGCCUUCAUUAUUUCCUUUGUGCGCCGCUGCUUUUGUCUGGAUCUGUCGUAUGUCGACUUUGCCCAGGCUUUAACUGCCCUUGAUUACCUUAGAGACCUCCAAGCUCGCUGGAAAAAGGAGAUAGAUGCUGCCUUUAACCGACUCAACAUUACCGCCCAGGAUGCGAGUGACCCUCAGCACUCGGAAGUGGCUCGCAAAUUCCCUAAUGUGUUGAACUGGUACAAAGACAUCAGCCACAAGGCACGUCUGAUCGAUUUUAUGUACACUCAGGUCUAUGUCGGCCUACGUCGCUGGGUUCUUGUCAAUCAGAUGAUGCUCGAGCCAUUUGACAAAGCCAACUGUCUUGCUCUCCUGAACACUCUACUACCGCCUCUUCACCGAGACAGCUCUACCCCAACACAGCAGUUGUCAACAGGCACCCUUGAACAUCAUCGUAACACCUUCUUCAAAUUCAUUACCACCUUCGAGGCUGAUCCUUCAAUCCUGGAGCCUAUCAUGAAGCAAGGUGCUCGCCCUGGUGAAGAGAAUGGGUGGCCUGCAUUGUAUGAGACCAUUGAUCGAUACCUGAAUGCAGUUCUCGAGAUGAUCGACGAGUGCAUGUUGAUCAACGAGCCUGGUCAGAUUAACAAAUCAGGCGUGCAGCGCCGUACCGACUCGGGCAUCAGCUUUGGUCCCGACUUCGGCCCCUGCCCCACUAUCUCACCCUGUUCAGACACCGAAAAGCCACUUCCCCAUUUCCCAGAACCAAAUACAGGCACUAGCAAGCAUGGCUCGUUGCUUGACCGAUUCGCCUCCUUUUCAGGAUGGGGCAAGAAGAAGGACCCUCAGAGGGAGCAAGAGCGGGAGCAGCAGAGGGAGUUUACCCGCAGUCUGAGGAAGAUGCAGUCCUACAGAUCGUUCAACAGUGGAGCUAGCAGCACCAAGAAAUCAGCCAAGUUCAACGGAAAUAUCUCUUUCGAGUUGACUGACGAUAAGCGCCGGCGUUUGAUUGAUGAAGCCCAAGCUCGCAAGGCAGCCGACGCGUCUGAGUCGGCACAGAACAUUGGCCAGGCCAUUUAA